UAGGCCACAAAAAGGGAGCGGGGACGCGCCGGCGAGCCGGAAGGGAGUGGGGAGGGCAGCGAGCCGAGGAGUGGGGUGUUGGCGGCAGAGAGUGGGGACACUCGGAGAUCAAGGAUCGGGGCACGGGAUAAGCAUCAGAGCAACCCCCCCCCGACCCCUCCCGUCGGCCCCGCUUGGUGUGUAGCUGCGGCGGGAGACGAUGAGUCGCUGUGCCCUCAGGGGCCGCAGCUGAGAAGUAGCAAAAGGAAGAAGUGAAUAAACCCCAGCACCGGGCGCGGGCUCUCUGGCUCCCGCAGGGCCGCUGCAGCUGCAGCCGGAGCAACUAGCCGCUCCUCCCUUCGCAGGCUCGGACGUGCUCUCUGACCUCGGUGUUUGUCUCGGCCCUGCGGGCGCCCUCAACUACACUAGAGCCCCGCCGGGCGGGGGGUCCGGCUCCGGGCCAGCGGGGGUUGGGCCGGCGUCCCGUCCGACAGCGGAUUUUGCUGCCGGCGCUGCAUUAGCGCGCCGUCCGGAACCCGCCUCCCACCCCGGGAGCAUGGGGGCUCCCAGGAGCCUGGCUGCAGCUAAUGGAAAUCCUCAACACCGCUCCCUGAGCAGGGCUUCCCCAAAGCAGCAGCCCCAAGCUGGGGGAAAAGAGGCAUUCAGACGUCCUGCUCGGGGAUGCCUGUCAGUCUGCGAUGGGGCCGUGGCAGGGGGUGGGUUGCAGUCCCUUCAUCAUUUCAGUAGCUGGCAAUUAUAGGGGAACGAGGGAGGGAUGGGUAAAUAACCCUCUUGUAAGUCACGUUCUUUCUUUAUUUCGAAAUAACCCGUUUUCGCUCUAAGUUUGAGGCUGGGCAUCUCAACCUUCACCCUCCACCCAAGUUCCCGUUUUUCCUCAAUCCUCAGCCAGGCCAAGGUGUAGGGUUCUGGGAAGAGGGUAGCCGAGCCGGCGCUUCCCUCCCCCCCGCAUCUUCCACCUCACGGUGACAAAUGUCUUCCUAAGCGCACGCCGGCCAACGCUGAACAAACGACAAGAGCGGAGGCGGGCGUCGGGGAGCAAAGCGGCCCCAGGCCCGGCUGCGGCUUCUUGGGACUUCUGGGCCUGGGGAGGGUAGAGGCCCGAGACCCUCCGAAGCUCCUCUGGCUAGUUGCAGGUCAUACUGACGUGUCUGAAGCGGGUUUGCCGGAGGAGCGUACCUCCGGAGCCACUCGCUUCACUGGGAUCCCAUUUCCCGCCCUUCGCCCCGCUCCAUGAUCCCACCCAGGCUGCAGGCCGCGGAGACGCGAUGGGACGAAAGCGCGGGCGAAGGAGGGAUUCCCCGCGGGUCUGGCAGCACCGUCCACUCAGGCCCGGGAUCCUACACGAAACUUUUCCGGCUUCGAGUUUAGGGCGCGUGCGCGCCAAGUCCGCGGUUGUGGGCGGGCCUUGGCGGGGCAGAGGCGGGGCGAGAGUAGCUCGCAGCUGCGGGGGCGGGGCGAGGCUCGGGCUGGGGGCGCGAGCCUGGAGCGUCGGGGCGCGCGGCCUGGGGGUGGGGGUGGGGGUGGGGGUUGGGGCGGGACGACGAGCGCGCGCGCCCGGGUUCUACGUGGGCAUAGGGGCGGUACGGGGGGCGACGCAGGGGCGCGCGCUCCCUGGCUUGCCGGGCGGCCGCCAGCUCCCCGGACGGACCGGGAUGGCGCCUCCUCCGCCUUCCCCCCAGCUGCUUCUCCUGGCAACCCUUGCGGGGCUCCUAGGUCCUAGUGAGGUGGUGGCCGAGCCGGAGGAGGAAGUGGGAGCCCGUUGUCCCGAGGGCCUGUGGCCUCUGCCGCCACAGGUGUCACCGAGAGUGACUUACGCGCGGAGGAGCCGAUGGCAGGCCGAGGAUGUCCGCUUCUUCUACCACCCCUGCGCACACCCUUGGCUGAAGCUCCAGCUUGCCCUCCUGGCCCACGUUUGUGUGGUCCAGCCCUCACUGGCCGCUGACCCUAGCCUUACUCAGGAGCGGCCCCUGGUGUUGGCAGCAUGGGGUGUGGUGCUGGAGAUGGCGUGGAUAGAGCCGGCCCGGGCUGCCCACUUGCUGAAGAGGAGGUGGCGGCGGAGGCAGAGGAAGAAGGCAUGGCUCUACUCUGAUGGGCUUUCUGGGUCCUUGGUGCCAAGGCCAGGUAGAGGGAGGCUGUGCUGGAGAGGGUGUGUGCAGGCUCCAGCUUUGGCCUUUACUCUGUGGAGCUGGCAGCCCCCUGGUGCAGAGGAGGCAACUGGAGGGCCCAGACACCUGUCUCCUGGUGGUGCCAAGAGGCGGGGGCUGCGGGCUGCCCUUGGUCUCCGGCCCACCCCCUCAGGCCCAAGGUUCUCCUCUGCUUCCCCGCAGAGCCAGGGGCCCCAGCAGCCAAUGUUGGCUGCACGGGCUGCCGGGGGUGAGGCGCCAUCUGUGCCCACUCCCCCGGUGCUGUCUGAGGGGCUUGGACGCAAUGCCAGCUCUGGGCUAGAGGCUCCAGUGCCCAAAGGGCAGAGCAGCUCAGGGAGCUGCACGUGUCCAGGGGAGGCUUCCCCAGCCCCUCAGGCAGCGGUGCCUCCACGGGUGGCCCGGGGCCCCACCCCGCGCACGGAGGAGGCCGCUUGGGCUGCCAUGGCCCUGACAUUCCUGUUGGUGCUGCUCACUCUGGCCACGCUCUGCACUCGGUUGCAUCGAAACUUCCGACGCGGGGAUAGCAUCUACUGGGAGCCCACGGCAGACAGCCAGGACACGGUAGCCGCUGUGCUCAAGAGGAGGCUGCUCAUGCCCCCGCGCCGGGUCAAGCGCUCCCGCCGGAGACCCCUGCUCCCACCCACACCGGACAGCGGCCCAGAUGGGGACAGCUCCGACUGACCUGCCACCGUGGCAGGUUUGCUUUGUCACCCGGGAGGCCGCGACCUCUGCCACGUGGACCCUGCACAGGGUCGCCCCCUGGUGGCCAGAUGGAGCAGACCCGCCUCAGCACUGCAAAGGGGCUCGUCCCUGCGGUGUGUUCUGCUCUUCCGGUGAGGAAAGGGGCCCUUUCCGCCUUCCUUGCCUGUGUUUCUAAUUAAAUUAUUUUGGUAGA